GUAUUCAUUUCAUCGUAAACAACCAGAUUGGUUUCACAACUGAAGCAGCCAGGGGGAGAUCAUCACAGUAUAGUAGUGACUUGGCAAAGAUAAAUGGAUACCCUGUCCUGCAUGUUAAUGCAGAUUUUCCUGAGGAUGUUGUCAAGGCAACAGCAAUAGCAAUGGAGUACCGCCAGCGAUUCCGCAAAGAUGUUGUUAUAGAUUAUAUAUGUUUCCGUAAAUAUGGUCACAAUGAGUUAGAUGAUCCAUCAUUUACUCAGCCUGUUAUGUAUAAAGCCAUCAAAAGUAGAAAAAGUAUUCCAGAUUCAUACGCAGAUGAACUUGUGUCAAGUGGUGUUUGUGUGGUUGAGGAUUUGAAUAAAGUACAGCAGGCCUGGUCACAGACACUAACAGAAGAUUUUGCUGCCAUUAACUCAAAGCCAGUCCAGCCGUAUGACCUGCAGCGACAAUGGAGUGGGUAUCGCCAGGCACCAGGGGAAAUAACUAUGUGGGAUACUGGUGUAAAUGUAGAUACUCUCAAAUAUGUUGGUGCUCAGUCAGUAAUGUUGCCAGCUGAUUUUAAUGUUCAUCCUACAGUAGGUAAGCAUCAUUGUGAGCGACGUAUACAAAAGCUGACUGAGGGAGUCGGCCUGGAGUGGGCUGUAGCAGAAGCACUAGCAUUUGGUUCCUUGAUGCAACAAGGGUUUAAUGUACGAAUUAGUGGUCAGGAUGUUGGAAGGGGUACCUUCAGUCACAGACAUGCCAUGCUGGUGGACCAAGUUACAGAUGAAAUAUAUGUACCUCUUAAUCACAUGUCGCUAGAUGGACAAGGUUAUCUUGAGGUAGCAAACAGUGCCCUGUCAGAAGAGGCUGUUUUGGGAUUUGAGUAUGGAAUGAGCAUUGACAAUCCACGUUCUCUUGUCAUCUGGGAGGCGCAAUUUGGGGAUUUCUUCAAUGGGGCCCAGCCUAUCAUAGAUACAUAUGUCACAAGUGGAGAAAAUAAAUGGUUACUUCAGACAGGCCUUGUAAUGUUAUUACCCCAUGGUAUGGACGGUGCGGGCCCAGAACAUUCCUCGUGUCGCAUUGAGAGGUUUCUACAAGGUUGUGACAGCAGUGAAACGUCUGUGGAUGGAGACGAUAUAAAUAUUCAGAUCCUGAACCCCACCACACCAGCUCAGUAUUUCCAUCUCCUCAGGAGACAGAUGAUACGUAAUUACCGAAAGCCAGUUAUUGUUAUUGCACCAAAGACAUUACUACGUUUGCCAGCAGCUACUUCUAGUCUCUCUGAAAUGGCUCCAGGAACUACUUUCCAACCUGUACUUGGGGAUCUCAAGGUCAAAGGUGAAAAAGUCAAUAAGGUUGUCUUCUGCUCAGGCAAACAUUACUACGCCAUUCAGAAAGAGAGAGAUACAAGAAACAUAGAUGAUAUGGCUAUAAUUAGACUUGAGAGUCUUUGUCCAUUCCCAGCGGCUGAGUUGCAAAGAGAAUUGAGCAAAUAUUCAAAUGCCAAAGAAUAUAUCUGGGCACAGGAGGAACAUAGAAAUAUGGGUGCAUGGUCUUUCGUUUCCCCAAGAUUUGAAAAUCUUGUCGGAUGUAAGUUGCAUUAUGUUGGAAGGGAUGUACUAGUGUUACCGGCUGUAGGAAUUGGACAUAUCCACAAAAUGCAAGCUGAUAAACUCAUCUCAGAUCUCUUUGGUUGA